AUGGGAAAUGUACCAACCAAAGCAAAUUUCAAUUGUACGACUGUAAAUAAUAGUACUCCAUCUACUUCUAUAUCAGAGUGUACAAAUCCAAUGCAUGUUAAAAAAUUCUCAAUAAAAGAUUCAACAAAUAUAUAUCAUAACAAAGUAGUAUCAGUAACAUCUAAUCCGACAAUUUUUAAUACAUUAACAAGAGGUUGUUGA